CUUCAUCAUCAGGCAGACUUUAUUGUGUCGCUUGUUCCAAGAUAUUUGGCAUCUCAUGCGCCUCCCUAACAUUUCGUGUUUCGUGUUGGUUUGAAUCCAACCAAUAGUAAAAAGCCAAGAGUUUGAUGAUAGUUCAUGGCGUGCUCCUCUUUCAAUUUCUUUGCUAUAACUUUGUCCCAAUUUGUUUUGCGUUGAGGCCUUUUGGGCGGGUUGCGUCGCCAGAGUGCGGGAGUGAGAGGCACGGUGGAUUUGACAGCUUCCCCUGGAUAGACGUCUUUUACAAAUUCAGGCCUAGUGCUGCUACUACUUCUCGUGUGUUAAGGACCACCAUCGAUAUAUACUACUAGUACUACUACUACUUCUACUUUUACUUCUCCGCUGCUACUACCUCUAUACCGAGAACAAACGAGACAGAGAACAGCUUAGAGAGAAGCGAGCCCACCAAACUCGGAUGUGCUUCUCUGGAUUCUCCGGGCAAGGCUUUUUUUCCAGAGGCCGAAUGAGAGCUCGCAAGUGAAGAGGCAAGUGAAGGAAUAGGCCGCCAGCAACGAGACCGAGGAGACCGAGGCGGCAAGUGAGGAUGAGUACGGGCAAGUGGGACCCGUCAUUGCAGUGGAAGUUCAUGGGAGAUAGCCGAGCGGCGAGGAGGGCAUUGAUAAGAAAUCCUUAGAAAAGUGCUGGACUGAGGAGUCGGAGGCGGAGGCACACUAAGCAAGUUGCUUCCUUGAGUACAGCACAUGCAUACACACACAAACUCACACAGUCACUCGCACUUAUAUUUUACGGCAAGAGGUGUAGUAAACGAGAAAUCCGAUUGAAUAAUGGACAGUGAGUGAAUUGGCAUCCCUUACGUUGGCUUUCCGACAUUGAGUGGAGACAAGGACUCAUUGCAGUGUUCGACUUUGACAGUCCAGGGUUCAAAACGAGUGUGCAACCUUAGCCGAGAUGUCAAGACGUCUUUGAUAUCCCCCUUUGACGAACAUGGGGUGAUGAAUUUGAACUUAUCAAGACUGAAGUUCAAGUUGAGCGUGAGUGGAGAUGUGUUUGUUAAGCGAGUGCAACUCCUUCUCCAUCUGAGGCACAAAUUUCAAUCAAUCCAAUCCGAUUAUUUUCCUCAAUGUCGAGCAGCUCCGUCUGGACAAAAAUAAAGUGAAAAAAAACUCACUCCGAAGCAAAGUCGAUCCUCGAAGACGAAGCAGAAGCCAAUUGACGUCACACAUUUAUCGAAGAGUUACUCCACAACGCUCGUGAACACACAUUCAAGACGAUCUUCCAGGGAGAGAGGCAGAAGAUUAAACACACGACUCGUUACGACCCCCCCCCUGCCUCUCCACAAGUCCAAGGAGAUUGUUGCCUGUCUUUCCAUCCAGUCUCUGAUCCCCCCAAUGAAGGAGAAGCAUGAUGAAAACAAAUUCUCCUCCCUAUGAUCUGAUCCCGGAAGAGACUAUGGAAGGGCCUCAAGCUUUGCCAAUGUCCAAUGAGACUCCGGAGUCCAAAGCCAUUGGUGCCGGCUCAAUGGGACACUCUGCCCACGAUACCGGUCUCAUCAUGGACCAAAGCCAAAGGAAUAUGCUCAUGAUGGCAGCGGCUGCGGCGGCUGCCCAAUCUCAACCCGUGUUCCCUGAUAUGAACUCGUUCCUUCAAGCCCAAUUAAUUCAACAGAUGAAGACCAAUCCAUUCAUUCAGAGGCAGAUCUUGGAACAACAGAUCAACCGAAACCGAGAGAUCCUCAAAAACGAUGCGGUCCAAAUGCACCAGCCUCACAUGAAAAAGUCCGAAAUGAGUCACUUGGAGCACGAACCAAUGAAAGAAGGAUCACGUGGCGAAAAACUUCAUCUUGAGAUUUUGAAGCAGAAGAGUCGUCAGGAACAAAGCGCCGUGGCCAGCCCCGAAGUGAAGCGGCAUCUUCAGGAAUUCGUGCUUCAGAAGAAACGAAAGGAAGCCGCUGCAUCCAUGGGAAAUCUCAAGCUUGUACCACAGGCAUUGCCUCCCUCUCAGCCAAUUCUACGGAAGACUGCCUCCGAGUCCAAUUUAUUGAAGAUGAAGAACAAGCGGAACUCCACAGACAGCCGCCUUGGUGCCACCCCCUACCAGCGGCACCACCCUUCAAUCCCUGAAACAACAGUUCUCAGUGGGCAAACGAGUGCCAACUCAUCGCCACCGGUAGAGCUGAACUCUCCUUCCAAUUCUUCCACGGGUUCUUGCCCCGGGGACAAAAUGGGAAGCAUUCCACAAGAGCAUAUUCUCCGCUCCGCCACUGCUAGUCUUGUAGCGUCAUCUCAGGCCUCGGGAAGCUCUGAGCCGUCUUCCCCAAACGCGGGUACGGUCCAUAAUCUACCUUUUCUUAAGGGGCCAUGCACUCAGGCCAGUCUAGUGGGGGCGUCUCUGUUGAACAGCAAAUCUCUUCCAAAUAUCCCGUCAGCUGUGGGACGCUUCUCGGCUGCCAAAGAAGGUCACUACAAAAGGAAAUCUCCCCCUCCUUGUUCAAGUAUGAAGCCCACACCUCAUCAUGGAGCUAUGAUUGUUAGAAGAUCAAAGUCGUCAGCUAUCCUACCACUUAGGAAGCACCUCAUAGAGAAGUCAAUGAGCGAGAAGACCAAAUCCAUGGAUGAGGAGCAAUUUUAUUAUCAACAGAAACAAAUGGCGCGCGACAGGCUGACCAUUCGACCCAUAGUGGAAGUCAUGGAAGAAGAGUGCAAACCUGGGGAUGCCAUGGACGUGGAUGGAGAGGUGGUGCAGACCAACCAAAGACCACCCCAUUACAUUACCACUCGGCUUGGCCCUUCUGGUUUAUCUCCAUUGGUUCUCAGCGAGGUCAGAAAUGAUUCAAGCUCCAUGAACAACGAAUUUGUCACGCGGCUCCUACCCCGACAGCCCUUGGACUUGGCUGUGUCUAGUCAACCUAUCCACACAGGUAUCGGGUACGACCCGAGCAUGCUGAGGCAUCACUGCAUCUGCAAGAACUCAUCCAACCACCCUGAAAAUCCAGAUCGCCUUCUGUGCAUCUGGCGCCAUCUGGUCGAGUCUGGCAUUGCAGAGCGAUGUGUUCGAGUAGCCCGGGAGGCUACUUUAGAAGAAAUCCAGUCCUGUCAUUCUGAAGCCCACACCCUGUUGUAUGGAACUGAUAUGAUUAAUCGAUGUUCCUUAACCGGCAGCCAAGAAUUUAACCGGGACUCACGGUUAGGCAAGUUUUGUGGGUUAGAUUGUGGCGGAAUGGGCGUUGAUGGCGACACUUACUGGAACGAGGUGGAGACACCAUCUGCCGUGAGAACUGCUGUUGGAUCUGUGGUAGAAUUGAGUCAAAAGGUUGCCCGAGGCGAAUUGAGGAAUGGGUAUGCCUUAGUCCGACCUCCAGGGCACCAUGCCGAGCUAGACGAGGCCAUGGGCUUUUGCUAUUUCAACUCGGUGGGGAUUGCUGCCAAACAGGUUCUUAGGUUGCCAACUGUCAAACGGGUUCUUGUCUUUGAUUGGGCCAUUCAUCACGGAAAUGGUACCCAAAAGGCAUUCUAUGAUGAUCCAAAUGUUCUCUAUAUCUCAAUUCAUCGUCAUGAUAAUGGCAACUUCUACCCUGGGACUGGUGGCCCAGUGGAGUGCGGCACCGGCCCAGGCCUCGGUUUCAAUGUCAACAUUGCUUGGACCGGGGGUCUAGAUCCGCCUAUGGGAGACGCCGAGUAUCUGGCUGCUUUCAGAAGCAUCAUCUUUCCCAUUGCCAGAAGUUAUGACCCGGAUAUUGUAAUUGUGUCGGCUGGAUUUGAUGCUGCCAUCGGCCAUCCCCACCCUAUAGGAGGCUAUAUGGUGUCCACAGCCUGCUUUGCGUACAUGGCUCAAGAGCUCAAGAAGUUGGCUGGUGGCCGGCUGGUUCUGGCUCUCGAAGGAGGCUUCAACCUUGAUAUCCUGGUGGGGGCCUCUGAGCAAUGUAUCCGGGCUCUUUUGGGUCUACCCAUCGUGAAGAUUGACACGAGCGAACUUGCCCGUCGACCUUGUACUCCCGCCAUGGAAACCCUUCAGAAAACGCUUGCUAUUCAGACUCCAUAUUGGGAGGUGCUCCGAAGGCACUCUGAGACCGCCUUCUUGUCUCAUCUCGAGGCUUGGGAAAAGAGCCGUGAGGAAAACGAAGCCUUGAACGCCAUGGCUCAUAUCUCAUUGGAGUCCCAUACCCCUUCAACCUCAUCAAGCUCCCUCCAUCAUUCAUCUCACCCUCAUAAUCUGAGUAUGGGGUCGGCUAGUUUCCAAUCUGCAUCUCUUCUGGAAGCUGCCACAACCUCUGCUUAAUCUCCUGAUCACAAUGUUGAAGGUGGAGGAGUUUCCCAUUAAGUGGGUGUUCGGUAAUCAUUGACCUCCAUCUUUUGGGCAUGAAUAUUAUCGGUCCAAGAGCUCGUUACAGUCUUAAUCCUGUGCGCACCUAAAAGGGUUGAUUUUGGUCUGGGCCGAUGGUUUACUUACACUCGACUUUGUGAACUAAUGUUACAAAAGCCAAUUUGCAACCUGAUUAUGUUGAUGGACUCAAUCAAGUAAUUACCAUCUUGGCUCCCCAUCACUUCUCGACCUCGACAACCAAAUUGUAUCAAUCUCUUGCCCACCAAUUGGUUCCAACUUUGAUUGGAGAUUCAUUGAAUAUCCCAUACAAAAACGGACGUUUUGUGGUCAAACGCCUGCUUGCUCGAUAACAUUUAUCCAAUUACCUAAGAGGAAUUGGAUCAAUUUUUAGCUUCAACUCAAUUUGGUUUAGGAGAGAGCAGGCCCAGAUCAAGUCCAAAACCCCGUCUUGAUUUCUUUUCUUUUUGGUUCUGCUUUUACUUUACCGAUGUCGAUUUUCAAUGUUAGUGAGACAUUUGUUGUCAUUGGGUCUAUUGCCAAAAAUACCCGUUGGAACCUUCUUUUCAAGUCAGCCCAAUCUUACGUGUUUCGCCGGAGUGCUCUGAAAGUUGAUCCAAUGUGCCCAUAUUGAUGUCUACAUCAUGUUAAUGUAUUGUAGUACUAAUGGUUAUGGCCGCCGGACUGCUAAGCCGUAGUGAGAGAUCUCGUAGAUCAUGUAUGGAAUUUUCGCAAUCAAAACGCGAGAUCACCCGCAUCCUCCUGAACACCUUGUAUUUGAAUGUUUUACAAAUCGCACCGUCAGACUAUUGAACACCCUUUGGCAUUUUGUAACAGACAAAGAAAGAAAGGCAAGCAAGCGCACUCACCCAUUCACUUGAAUAUGGCAAAUCUGAAUGUACUUUCGGAGUACAUUACUUUAAGCAGUGAGUUUUUGCCCUUGCUCCGUAGAUAGGCAUAGAUAGAUUGAUAUAUACAUAUAUAUAUAUACAUAUAUAUACACAUACACACACAUACAUUCAUAUAUUCCCUUUGUGAUAAGUGUGCCCCUGGUCAUGAGAUGGAAUUGUAAUACUGGAUGGAAUGAACUUAAUCAGCAAUUAUGUCCGUAGAUAGAUGUUGACGAUUGCUAUGAAAUUGAUCUCCCUUGGUUACAACAAAGAAGGUUCACAAAAGAGAAGCGUUUUGAAUUACGUUAUGGAUGGAGUUCAAAUUAUUUUUCUAGUCCUUAUUUCCAAUUAUUGCGAAUUCAACUUGUGUACAAUCUUACGAUAUGUUUGUAGAUCAUGAAGCAAAAAAGAACAAUAUUUUUAUCCAUUUAAAUGUGUAGAUGAGUUCAAAGGAAACCAUCGAUAAAGAUGAGCCAGAAUUUUUAUUACGUCCUUCAACAUGUCUGUCAUCUGUGUAUGGAUUUUCAAUAUCAAGGAUCUAAAUAUGAGUUCGAAAAUAAACGUGUUCGUACAUCAAAAGCAUUA